ACACACCCUCAAACAAACCACCAACUAAAUUGUUUUCUCAUUUUUUCACAAAAGUAAUAAGCAGAAAAUAUGGAUAACUCACAGAGCGCGAGCUACAGAGCCGGCGAGGCUAAGGGCCAAGCCCAGGAGAAGGGCAACCAGCUCAUCGACAAAGCCAGCAAUGCUGCACAAUCCGCUAAGGAAUCACUACAGGAGGCUGGAAACCAGGCACAGGCCAAGGCGCAAGGUGCCGUGGAUGCUGUCAAGGAUGCCGCCAACAGGAAUUAAUUGAUCAUGCCUCCAUCACUUGUCGCAUUGAUUUCUUAGUUUUUGCUCUUUAUUUAUUUAUUUUUUCUCUUUUUCUUUUCUAGAUAGAUUUGAUUUAGGCAAGCUUUGGUUUACUUCGGGAUGACAUGAUGUGGAGUCGGCGAUGAAGUCGAUCUCUCUUGUGAUCGAAUAAAUAAUAAAUUAAUUAAUAAAUUUUGUUUCAUUAGAAA